CUCUCCAAUUCCAUCAGCGACUUGCCUGCCUUUCAUUUCAGACCCGAUCGAUCAAGCCCUGAGCCUCCUCAAGUUGCUUCGCCCACCAUGGCCUCCCACCUCGACACCGAAGCCGGCACCGAGCGCUUCGCCGAUUACGAAGCCGAGCUCAAGCUCGUGCAGGCCGACCUCGCGCAAAAGCUCGACCAGAUCCCCGAGCUCAGCGGCGAGCCGCGCAAGGCGGCCCUCUCGGCCGCCGAGCGCGCCGUCGAGGAGGCCGACGAGCUCCUCGGCCAGCUGCGCCUCGAAAAGGCCAACAUCCCCUCGCCGCACCGCGCCAAGACGAACGCGCGCUUCCGCAACCACGAGUCGGACGUCGACGCCGCGCGCCGCCGCCUGCGCGCCCUCUCCGACGACCGCGCCGCCCUCUUCGGCGCCCGCUACACCGACGACCCCGCCGGCGGGCCCGCCGACCGCAACCUCGCCCAGCGCCAGCAGCUCCUCAGCGGCUCCGACCGCCUCGACCGCUCCACCCAGCGCCUCAAGAACAGCCAGGCCCUCGCCAGCGAGACCGAGGCCAUUGGCGCCAGCACCCUCGCCGACCUCCACCGCCAGCGCGAGACCAUCCAGCACACCCACGAGACGCUGCUGCAGAGCGAGGGCUAUGUCGACCGCAGUGUCAAGACGUUGCGCGGCAUGGCGCGUAGGAUGGCUACAAAUCGGGUAAUCACCAUCGCCAUCAUCACCAUCCUCGUCCUCCUCAUCGUUGCCGUCAUUUUCAGCAAGUUCAGGUAGACAGGGCAGAGGGAGCGCGAAAGAGCAAGGGCAGCACCACGCACGGCGUCUGGGAGUUUUUAUUUUUGUGUUGUAGUUUUUUUUUUUGGUUCGUCUUCCAACUGGGCCGCCUCGUUCGUUGCAUCAGCUUGAUUUCGUUUCGUCGCCGUAUAUGAUGCCGAUUGCGUCGCUUCGACGGCACGACAGUACAUAAUGCAAACCAUGCUUCCAAAUGCUGCGUGGCAGCCCGUUUGUAUGACCCUGCCAUCACGUUGAAUAGGCCUACGGACUCUUUAGACUGUCACGCCAUCUCACUGCAAGGUCAUGACAGCAUCACAAAUGCAUAGAAACAUGUCCAUCCCG